AUGUCUUCUACGCUCCACAGCCCCUGUGUGGACCAGGGGCCGCCUGGCGAGCGAGCCGAAUGCACGUGUCCGCGCAGUUGUCCGCGCAGUGUUAAGGACCCGCGGGACCUAGAUGCCACCACUCCCUGGCACCCGCCCCGGCAAAAUGAUCGCACGUUUACAACCACCGUGCCAUAUUAUACGUAUCCAUUCAUCACUGUGUCCAACCUCCACAGACUGCCACCGGAGGACGUCAACUAUCUGGACCUCAAACAAUGCCUCCGAGUCCCCUCGCGCGUCUAUCUCGAUGAGUUUCUGCAACAGUAUUUUCGUUAUGUCCAUCCGUUCCUUCCGCUUAUAGACGAGGCGUUCUUUUGGAAAAUGUAUCAUGGCGCCGAAGAGGCGGAUGACUGCCUAACCCCCGGAUUUCCGCUCCUCGUGCUUCAGGGAAUGCUCCUUGCCGCUUGUAGUUUCGUUGGUCCGAGAACGCUUGAAAAGCUAGGCUACGUCUCUGCUCGGGAUGCUCGGCGGGCCAUGUACGGCCGAGCCAAGACAUUGUAUAACUUCGAAACGGAACACUCACGGCUUCACAUCGCCCAGGCUGCGAUCUUACUCUCAUACUGGACACCGCCGUUUGAAGAAGCUGCGAGCAAACCAAACGCAGCCUGGCUACGGAUUGCCAUCGAAAACGCCAAAUCUGUUCAAGCCCAUCAGUGGAACUUUGGAUUAGCACCAAAGACGAACCCCACCAAGAUCCUUGAGCAGAUCUCCCUGAAGAGGCUGUGGGGCUGCUGCAUUGUUCGCGAUUGCAUCUCGGCCAUUGCAUUGAGACGAUCUUGCCAGAUCGGAGGACCAGAAUUGUAUACGAACGUCAGGUUCUCAUUGGCCUUCGAAGACUUGGAGCAUGAGAUACAUGAAUCGAGGGUAUAUGAUUCUCAGACGAAAAGGCAUCUAAUCAUAACCUUCUUGGGUUUUGCUGAGAUGUGCAUGUACCUGACGGACGUAUCUAAGCUGCUCUUCCCCCACCAAGCAGGUCUGUCAGACGAAAUGAAACAAUACGGGCUGGUCGAAAGGACCACUAGGAUAUUGGAAUGCAAAACAACCUUGGAUCGGUGGCACAGCAACACGGCGCAGAAACUGGAUAACUGCCAAGGAGCCGGCACUGGUGGCUCUAAGACAGACGGAACGGAGCUAAUCCACCCAUCGGUGAUACUCUUUACGACUCUACAGCACAUUUACUACUACUCGGCAAAGAUUGCGUUAGCAAAUCGGCAGAUGCUAUUGUACUAUGACCCGCCCAUCGUCACAGCCCAGGACGUGCUGGUAUUCCAUGAAGAGGUACAAAAAGCGACUGCUGCCAUCGGCAGGUGCCUGUUGACCCUGAUGGAACUUCAAUUAGCCCGCUUCCUCCCCAUUAGCGUCAUUCCGUGCAUCGCGUUUCCACUCGCUUUGCAGGCGGUCAACUAUAAGAUGAGGAAGCUUUCGUUGAAUCCUAGCGCAUAUAUUUUCACGAAGGUUAUGAAAAUCUAUGACCCUCUUUACGAUGGGGUUGAGGGCCUUAUGGAGACGAUCCGAGUAAUCCUUCGCCAAAACCAGCUCGUUCAGCACAUUGAGUCUAAUUUUCCGCCGACUUCUAUAUAUAUGCAAACACAUACUACUUGCUGGAUGGACAUCACGGAUUUCCACGCUGUUUGUUACAUGAGACUGGCCCUCUCAGUGGAUCUUAGUCUCAGCGCGGGUCAUUUGCCAGGCGAGCAGGACUUUCCGAGAAUGCUGCAAGGACAGCUCACCGAUGACGACGCAGACGGCCCUAGACCGGGAGCCGCCACGCCCGAGGCACUUGCACCUUUGAGCGUAGCGGGCUCAUCCCAGGCCAACUCAUGUGUCCACACUGACGACGACACUGGAGUGGGGCCAGAUGUCGGAAUGCAGAGUGACUUGGCCCAGAUACAUAUACGAGCAUUUGAAGGAGGCGUUGCGAUAGACGACUUUAUGGCUCUUGACAAAACUCUAGCGCUAGAGAAGGGACAAGAGAUGAAGAUGGGUAUACGGGGAUUCUCGGGCCUUCCCGCAGAUACGCCUGAUUACCAGGAUUGGAAAAACGAGCUGUGCAUAAACCCGGCUCUGCUCUUAUUUAACGGGCAUGAAUCGUAG